CACAUAAUAAACUAAAUAAAAUAUUAAACUUUAAAUAUUAAUAUAUUUUGCUUAACAAUGGAUGGUUCUAAAGAACUUUCUUCAGAGACUAUGUUGUUAAAUUCAGUUAGUGAUGAUGCAUUCAAUGAUAUAAUUUAUGAAUCAGAAGAACAGCAAAAAAGUGUUUAUGGUAGUGAUCGCAUAAUUGUAGACAACUAUGGAUGCAUAAAAGAUGAUAAUGGACAAAAUGUCAGAGUGACAAAAUAUACUUUAAUGAAUGAACAAAAAGUUGUUAUUGAAAUCAUUAAUUAUGGUGCUACCGUUAUUUCCUGCUGGGUACCAAAUUCACUGGGUGAACUAGAAGAUGUCUUACUUGGUUUUGACUCAAUUGAAGACUAUAGGUUACAAAACACACACUCUAUCGGUAGUACAUUAGGCAGAGUAACAGAUUAUAUUAGUAAUGGUCAUCUCGAAAACGACAAUGGUGAAAUAUAUGAACUAAUCAAAAAUCGUGAUGGUCAUCACUUCAAUGGUGGUGAAAAAGGAUUUGAUAAGGUCAUGUGGGAUGGGUAUGUGGCAGAUGAUGAACUGGUUUUAACUUAUUCGAGUAAAGAUGGUGAAGAAGGCUAUCCAGGAACAUUUCAAGCUCGUACAACAUUUCGUUUGACUUGCAAAAAUGAAUUGGUUGUAAACUAUAUUGGUAUGACAUCAAAAUCAACUCCAGUAAAUAUGGCCUCAAAUAUGUUCUUCAAUUUAGCUGGACAAAACACCGGAGAGUCUGAACUCAUGAAUCAUUCAAUUAUGGUCAAUGCAGAUGAAUACGUGGCAAUAAAAGUACCAGGGCGAAGACCUGUUGGUUUGAUUAAGAAUGUGCAUAACACGUGUCUUGACUUGCGUGUUCCAAGAUUAUUAAAAAAGGCUUUUCCUCUUGUUCCUGAUUCUGGAUACAAUCAUACAUUCAAAUUGUUCAAAGGAAAAGACCGAAAAGCAUUUAAUUUAGCAGCCAGCUUAGUGCAUAAACAAAGUGGUCGCACGUUGGAUAUUUACACGGAUAUGCCUUGUAUCUAUGUAAAUACUGCUCAAGAUUUUCCAAAUUAUGGUAAAUCAUUAUUCAAAGAAGAGGGUCUGACGGUAAGCAAUAUAGAAACACCGUUAGCAAAAUUUGAUAAAUAUGAAAAUGAACAAGAAAGUUUUAUCUCUGAAGAAUAUAACUUUACGAGUGACGCAGAACUGGUAGAAGAAGAACACAAUUUAGAUCAUGACAUCAAACAUUCUCCAACCCACGUUAACCAUGUCCAGGAAAUCAAGCCCAUCAAAGGAAAAUUAAAUACUAUGUAUAAGAAGCAUUCUGGAAUUUGCAUACGUCCACAACUAUUUCCAGAUGCUGUUACGCAUAAAAACUUCAACAGUAUUAUUCUUAAACCAUCAAAUAUAUAUAGCCAGCAAGUAAUUUAUAAAUUUGGAGUUAUUGCUUCAACUGAUUAAGAUGUAUGUCAAAAAAUAAUAUAGUUUACCGAAUUGAAAAUAACUCAUAAUUUAUUAUGACUUCAGAAUAAACAAAUUAACAAAUCAACAAUGACUAUAUAAGAAGUAACCAAGUGUUUAUGAAUAAUAAAAAUUAAUGUAUGUUUA